AUGACAUUCUAUGGCUGCAAAGGAACAUCAGCCGAAGUGAAUUGGCUGGAGCGCGUGCAGAUAGAUAUCACAGUAGAGCAUUCACGAAGAGGACUAAUCUCACUUUUUCUCACAAGCCCAUCAGGAACAACUAUUCAACUGCUUCAUCCGCGAAAAAACGACGACUCCCCCGAAGGUCUCCGUGAAUGGCCUUUUGUAAGCGUCGGACAUUGGGGUGAAAAUCCGAAUGGGGUGUGGAAGUUGGAAGCAAUGUCAAUGAGUCACAAUAAAGACGCCAAAGCUCUGGGUGUUCUGAGUUUCGUAAGGCUGACGGCUCAUGGAACCAAAGAUGAUCCUUUGAAAGAUAACGCAUUCAUUCUUCAUACUGUUUGA